GAGUCAAGAAAUUAGUGAUCUACCCUAACCAGUAAAACUAGACAAGUGGACGUAGCUACAGAACACUUAAAAUAACAAUUGUGCCCUUGAAAAUCAGUUUCAACUCUAGUACAUAAUAUAUAUCAUCGACAGCUUUAGUUUUUUUUUCAAACAAGUUAAAAAAGAGGCAAUGUAGAGAGAGGGAGAGAAAUAGAACUGUAAAAGUAAGGAUUUUUGAUAUCUUUCGUCUUUUUCUCUUACGAUAAUCAACUGUGGUAUUUUUGCGUUAACUGAUUAACAAAUCACAUUUACUAAAAAGAGCAAUUUAGGCCAAAAACAUAACAAGAGUGCCAUAUUAGCGAAACACCAAAGACCAAAAACUUGUGCCGACGUGGCAGCCAAAGACGAGUGAAAAAGACUAGGAUACCCUUGACGACGUGGCAACCAAAGACGAGUGAAAAAGACUAGGAUACCCUUGACGCUUCAUGUCUCUUGUUCUCGGUUUUAGGCUUCUAGGGUUUUAGUUCUGACACAAAAUAUUUAGCUAGAAUUGGCAAGAUAAAAAAAAGAUUCCGUUUACAUUAGAAGAUAUUGCAUCGGUAAACAAAACGAUACAAUAUCUUGGAGUUAAGUCUGACGGAAACGGCGCAGUUGUACACCGAAUCUAAGAAAAGAUUUCCCUCUGAUUCGUGUGAGAGAAGAUCUUCGCAAACCUGUGGGCGUCUAUAAAGAAGUCUAACCCGGUUUCUCAUUUCUUCAGGAAACUCUACAAAAUCUUUGGUUAAAGGUAAUUGAGUUAUUAAGGAGUUUUAAAUGUGUAAAAGCGAGUUUGUUGUUAUGUCUGUUUAUUAAUGUAGUCGAGCAUUUAAUCCAUGUUUUUCAAAUGAUUGAAUCCUUCGAUUGAGUCUUAUGUAUAUAUCGUUGUGUAUCUCAGGAAAUGGGUCGUGUUUUCCGAAUCUGGCGUGGAGAUUGGAAGAAGAACAGACAUUAACAGUGGCACUUUGUCCCAAACCAUCAAGACUACGGCUUCACUAUGUACAUGGAUUCCCCUGAAACGUUAGAGGUCGUCGAUGCUACCGUUAGGGAGAACUACAUGCUGGGUUGUGCUACUCCGGUCCUCAUAACGUACGGGAUGCCUAACUGGAUGAUGUUUCCAAGUGGACCGUCACCGCCGAUAACAAUUGCUACGACAGCUGACCUUGUCAGUUUAAUUAGCAGGAGACCCCGCUUAGUGAGAUAACACUUCUUGUUACAUUUGGAGCUAAGAAUGUUACUGAGUUCCAGUUCCUCUGUCGUUCCAAUUUCACCAUUGGCUCAUCAACCUACAUGGUCGGUGAUGGUCAGGAUGAAAGGGCUAGAGCGAGAUACGAGAGCUUGGUAUUGGGUGAGAGGCUUGUUACUAGUGAGAGGGUGAUGAAUGAGAUAUUUGGAGAGCAAGAGAUUCUUAUCCUCCACAGUGUUGCGCUGGAGAUUGGACAUGCUGACAGGGUUCUGCGCCCUCAACCAUCUUCUGUGGUUACACAACGAAGAAAGAUCAUUCAACUUGAUGAUGAUGAUGAGAUGGUGGAUGUUUUGCAGACGGGUGGGACAGGGAACGGAAACUUAGAAGGAACUGGAGGUGUGAUCAUUCCUCUGCAGCCUCAACCACUUGCAAAAAUCCCCGCCGCAGAUGCCCCAUCGGUGCUUUGGGAUGUCGGGCUGGAUUUUUUGGACUAUCCAGAGUUCUACAACGCCCAGAGGGAUGGUGGCCUUGUCACACAGGACUCAGCUUUCUGGAAUGAGCUAAUAGAAGAUAACUACCAGUCUGUGGAAGGGCUUUUCCUUCUCCCCAACAACAAGGAGUCCGACCUACGUAUGACUCAGGACCAGACGUUGGUUGGUGGUGGUGUCAUCUCUCAAGUUGGGAAUAAAGAUGUUGUUGCUUUGCAUGAGACAGCAGGGGAAUCAUCAACUGUGCCCACUGCUAUCAUUUCCACUCUCUUAGAAUCGGCCAUCGCACCAAGGGAGAUUGGAGGCGAAGGCAAGGGAGAUGCUGCUGUGCAUGGACCUUCCGGAACAACAAAAGAGAAGGUCGACUCCACUCUUCCCGGCCUAUCACUGACACUAGGUUUGGGAUGUGGCUCAGGGGAACGUGAUGCUCUGACAUGCCCUUCUGCUAAUGUCGACAACACAUCUUCGGAGGGGAGCGAUACAGAGGGUGGGUUCUGAUUUAAAUCAAGCUUCAUGGUCCAUGUUAAAUAUGUUUGUGUUUCACUUAGUAUGUAUGAAAUCGGGUAUUGUGAAACUUUUCGACGGUUAAGAUAAAGUAUAACCCAUGGGAUAAUUUUUUGGGGUUAAACUUUUAUUUAACCGGUAGCAAAGGGUAUGGUUUUCAUGGUUUGAAGUCUCAGUUUUUGAAUGAUGGCAUCUUGGCGGCAUAAAGGGAACGUGUUUAGGGGUUGGAAAGUUUUUUGUUGGUUGUUCAAAAUGUUGUAAACGUUUACAUCAAGGAUGAAAAUUUUUGUGGCUUUGGUCCAUGUAUGUAAUGAAGUUAUGGUACUUUAAAUGAAGUUAGCUUGCAAUAUAUGAUAUUUAUUGAUUCACAAGUAAGCUGAGUAUGUUUUGAAAGCUCUUAUUUUUUUUUGACA